AUGUAUAUAAAAAUUGUAAAAAAUAUUAAACGAUAUCACAAUUUAUUUCAUUAUAGAAAGGAAUAUGUAGCUACAGAAUCUUUAAUAAAGAAUACUUAUUUAACUAAAGAAUAUUAUGAUAAAAAUAAGAAGAAAAAAAUAGACUUAUUUGAUUUUGUACCACCAGAAAAUUUUGUAUCCUCUUAUUUUGAAAAGCUCGAUAAGUGUUAUUCGAAUCCAAGAUCUAUAUUAAGGCUAUAUAAAGAUUAUAUUGAAAAAGAAGAUUACCCUAAUUACAAUUGGCUAAUUCGAUGCUUCUGUCAGCUAGCCAACAUCUUUGGGUUCAACUCCUUCUGGAGUGUAAAGGACAAAGAAGCUAUUCAUGAAUUGAAAUUAUUUAAAUAUCUAGUAUAUGAUUUAAUAGAAAAAAAAGAGAAAAUAAAAGCAAGACAUUGUCCUAGAUUACUUUAUGCAAUGUGUUGUUUAGAUUAUCGUUGUUAUUUUCUUCUUCCGACAAUUUUAGAGAUAAUUGAAAUGAAUAUGGAAAAAUAUAGGUUCCCAACAUUAUGCAUGAUAAGUUUUUGUUUAUCAUAUUUGGGAUUAACAAAUCAAAAUGUACAAUUUGGUUGUGAAAAUUAUUUAUCUAGAAAUUAUAAUUUAAUAAUAAAAAUAUUGAAUAAUUUAUAUGAAAGAAGAGAGGAAGGAAAAAUAGAUACUACCAACUUUUGUUGGUCCUUAUUAUCAUUUGUUAUGAUUAUAAAUAAUAUGUAUGAAUAUCCUUCAAAAGAAAAUAGCUUUCUACCAGAAAUUUUAAAAAAUGCAUGUAAUUCAAUAACAAAAGAAAAUAUACCAGAAAGUGGAUGGGUACAAUAUUUUUUAUAUAUGACAUUAUAUUGUUGUGAUGUUGAAAAACCUGGAAAUGAAAUACAAAUAAAAGAAAGUAUACCAUAUUUUAUUCAAGAAUAUUUACAUUUAAAAUGGUUAGAUAAUAUAUUAAUAACGGCACAAAAUCAGGGAUCUGAAAAAAUGCAACUUGAAAUGGAAAAUAUUAUAAAUAAAUUACAGUUAAAAAAUUUCUUUAUUAAUUUAUCUGUUGGAAGAAAAAUAGAUGAACAACAUUGUUUUUUUACUUCUCAUUUUUAUAAACCUUUAAAUUUAUGUAUUGAAUAUGAUUACUUUCAUCCAAUUGGACAAAAUAGACCACUUGUUAGUGGUAUAAUAUCUUUAAAAAAUCGUAUAUUUAAAAAACUCAAUUAUAAUGUUGUUAAUAUACAUAAAUGUUAUUGGGAUAUUUUAAAUGACGAUCAAAAAGAAGCACAACUAAUCAAAAUCUUAGAAACAUUUCAACACAAACAAGAUCCGAAUAGUAAAACUGAAUCCAAAGAAUUAUAUGAAGAAAAAUAUUUUGAUUCAAAUAUACUACAUCUAAAACAUAAGAGAGUUAAAUUUCAUACUUGGCCACCAGAAAAUAUAACAAUUUGA